AUGGUCUCCUCCAAAACCUCAGCUGUUUCUCGACAGUCGAGCGAGGUUCCACAGCCCGAGCAUGAGAAAGAAGCAGCUUUGAGUUGUACAUCGUCUUCCACAGCAUCCGACGAUACCACAGAUAUCACUCUCGUAUUUCCUGCUGAGAUCUCAUACAGACUCGACACUGAGGGUCCCGGAGCUCGUAUCCUCUCGAAAGCGGAUCCAAGUAAGGAACCAUCAUUUGCUGCAUCACCUCAACAGCACACCUGGUUUCGUCGUCAGACGGACGGGUGGUUAGUCAAGUCCGGUUAUCAUGACUGGUAUAUCAGGAACUUGUCCAUUCAGGCGGGGACUAUAGGCGAUUGUGAUGGCAUCGUAUCCGCGAUCAACACCCAAGACCAACCUAUCGAUUUUCCCACCCCUCUGGGAGACAUUCGGGCAGGUCGUUUCUCCGGAUCAUGGGUGACUCAAGCACAAGAAGGCACCAAGGCAACCGACGCAACGUUCUUUCACUCAGCUGAGAGAAAAUACUUUGAAGGUGUACAAGAAGAAACGGGGAACGAGUACGAGCUCUUGAGGGUGGAGGUCGGUGAUUACGUCAAUGGGGAUGAAGGAGAGCUAGUGAAUUACAGCACAUUUCGCGAUGCUGUCCAGUCAGAUACUAAAAAGAAUGGCAACCUGUCAAAGUGGUAUGACAACGCGAGAUGGACCUUCCGAGCUCAAUCGAGGGCGCCAACGGAGAAAGAUGUAUCCCCCAGAACUAAGGUUGAGUGA